AAGAUGAAAUUGUAGUUAUCUUCGCCAAUAGUUGUAAACGAUCAUCGCUAUGGUGAGGAAUGGUUUGCUGAUUCGUUUAUUCGUCAUUCACUUCAUAGCUUCAUCGUGCAGUUCAUUCGGUCGCCCGAUGAGUAGCAAUGCAAGAACGUAUGGAUAAGGCAUUCGGAUAAACACGGAUUGGCCGUCGGCUUCAUUCUUGGGUGAAUAUCAACAGCAACUUGAAUAUAAGAGCGAAGAACGAUAUGGGACGAAUGCAACUGAUUCAUAUUCACCGGGCUUCGUUGCGAUGAAGAUUCUAAAGCAACAUUGGAUGAGACAGGCGAAUGUCGCCCACUAAAAUACUGAUUUAGGCCAAUUGUGAUUCUGAAUAUUAUAUUCGUUGUACGGUUCAGGUAUGUGCGGGCGUAGCGACUCGCGAUCGGGUGUAUCAUCGCGAAGGGGCUCGAACAUUUACACGUUAACGUGUUCGAUCGCGUGUGCGUUUGUAUGUCGCGUGUGCUAACGUGUACCGUGAAUCUGAUACUUAAUUUUGCGUGUACGGUUCAGAUUCCAGAAGAAAGUGGGUUCUUCCAUAUCAUUAGAGUUCCCAGUCAUGUCGCCGUAGAACGUGUGGUCUAGUGGAUAUGAGCUUUAUUUUUUUGAUUGGUUGAUCCAACUGAAUGCAUGGACCUAAGUUGCUAGAAUGAAGGACGUGACCGUUUGCGGGUUCGUGUUUGAGACCGCGUUUGUAACUUCGUAAGUACUAAAACGUUCACAUAACUACCGGAGUGUUAUCAAGUUUGCGUGAUCGCGGGCAUAGGUGUGCGUAGAUUAUCGCGAAGGACUUGAGCGUUCGUAUGUUGACGUGUUUGUCGCGUGUAUAAAUUCGAUUUUGAAACCCUACGGCCAAUCAUAUAUUCGCGGACCGUCAUUCUCAUAUUUAGUUUUCGGUGUACGGAUCACAUUCUGACAGGGAGUGAGUUACGUUUUGUCUAGUGGAUAUGGGAGUUAUUUUUUCUUAAUUUUUCAAUUUUAUUUUUUUAUUAAUGAAUAUGGACCUAGACGGUUAGUACCGAGGAUAGAGACUUCCGGACGAUUUCGACUCAUGAUGACGCGAGCGCGGGAGUUUGUAGGUCGACGCUUGAGAUCGCAUUGGUAAGUUUAUAAGUGCUGAGACGUUCACCGUUAUCACCGGGGUGUAAUCAUUUUUGCGAAUUCGUGGGUGUAGGUUGCUUGGAAAAUCGCGAGGGGCUCUAACGUUUGUACGCUGACGUGAUUUUGUAACAUAUUUGCAUGUGUUCUUGAAUAGUCGCGCGAACCGUGAGUCUGAUAUAAAAUUUUCGGUGUGCGGUUAGAAUCCUGGCAGAGUGGGAUCCCUUAUAUCGAUAGGGUUCUCGGUCAUGUCACCAUGAGACGUGUUGUCUAAUAGGCAUGAGAGUAUUUUCUUAAUUGGUCCAGCUGAAGGCAUGAACCUAGGCUUCUAGGAUCCAGGAUAGACCUCCGGACGUGACCGAUUCGUAAUCGCGCGCGGUUUCCGCUUGAGACCUCGUUUGAAAAUGUGUGAGUGUUAAGACGUUCACUAUCACCAUCUUUGCUGACCCGGCUGAAGGCGGGUGUAGAAUGUAUAGGACCCGAAAAGAAGAAAUAAAAGACAAUAUAUGAGAGACGUAAUAGAUUAGAUAGGUACAAGAUACACCUGAAGUUAUGAUCAUCACAUGAAAGACAUACAUUAGUACUUCAAACUCUACCAAUACUUGAAUGAAUCUAUUCGUUACUGGUUGAUUGUUGGUUAUGAGCGGGUAAAUAGAGGAAAGGUAUAGAACAGAAAAAGGCUCACAUCAGCCCUCCCGGCCUCCUCGAUACACCACUAUCGAGGCGUAUUGUAAUCAACAUCUUGAAGUGGGUUUCUUAUACAAAUCAAAUCCUGAGUAGUCAUAAUGAUUGGUGGAUUAUUAACAUGAGAACUAAUUAACCUCCAGUAGUAGAACUUGGUGCAAAUAGAAACUAAAAAGAGCGAAGGUCCUUAUAUUUAGAUAACUCUAUUGCAUCUAUUGUGGCUUGAUGAUGUUUACAAUACCGUCAAUCCCAACAACCUGAGAGAGGGAAAACCCUGCAAAACUUGAAUUUUGAAAUAAUAGUCAUCAGCUUUCGAGCCUCAGUCAUCUUUUCUAUACCAAAAAAUAUUUCUACUGAUAAAGCGUCAUGAAAAGUCCCCCACAUUUCGUUUAGAUGUUUCAUUCUGUAUUUCAAAAUGACACGGACGCAAUGUUUGUUAUAGGUAACAUGUCUAGCGCCCAUUUUUCAAUUUUGAAUAUGCAACGAUAACCUUUUUUUUUGAUAACCUGUAAAAAAGUUUAUUAUCUGGCAAGGAAUCUGCAACUGGCAGCACAAUUAGAAAUUUGACCGUUGCGCUGAUUAUUGCAAACUAAGUUAACCAUGGAAAAAGUUUAAAUGAAUAAUACUUAAUGCAAUAAACAACGAUUACAAUUUUUUUCGAUCUAUUUUACCGAAAUUAAACAUUGUUAUUUCACUGAAACUGUGAAAAUCGUAAUAUUUUCAAGUGACUCGUGCCAGUAGUUCACGUUGGAAUUUUAAUGAAAAAAUCGCUUAAAUUUCUUAUUUUUGGUUAUAUUUUUCAAAUCCGGUUGGGGCUUUAUCGCACUAAAAACUUUUCUUUUGACCACUCUAAUGAGUACAAAUUUAAUCGAAAUCUCCACUCCAAUUCGAACAUGUACCGUUCAAGCGUAACCAACCAACAAAUCCCAGAACAAAAAGAAACAGAAUAAAUUCAACUUUGCUCAGACUACCGCAAAAACUCUUUAUCGGAAGUGGCGAGAUAACAGGGAGUCGACAGGUUAAGAAUAGAACACGACUGAUUACCCGCUCUCGCAACCAGUUCCAACCGACCCAACCAAUCAACCGCACAGCCAACUAUGAUGGACAGUGCGUCGAGCAAAAUCUCCCCUCAAGAAAGUGCUAAUCUCGUGCCACACUGUCAUUUUCGCUGUGCGAGCGAGCACAAACGCAGCGGCACAUGCUUUGAUUAAACCCAACUUAGCUUGCCUUGAACCUAUCUCUUUGCAUCUAUCUCUGUCUUAAAAAAAAAAACAAGGAAGACUCCAAAUGCCGCUACCUUUACCUCUGCCAAAAAAUCGAUCCAAAAAAAAAAACAACAACAACAAACUGAAAUCGCAGUCCAUGCAAUAAAGCCUAAUUGACAGUGAUAAGAAGCGAGGCGCCGCCGCUUGCUGCGAUCGACAUGCGUUAAGACAUGUGUGUACUUUUUUUCGCCUUCUUUUUCCAGGCCAGGUUGCGUGGUUGCCCGGCGACGACGACGCUGGUAGUGGCGGCAACCGAAGACGUGCCCGAUCGUAGAUCAGGAAAUUUCGGUGCCGUCACGACGCCGGAAAGAGUGAUAAGAAAAGCGCACGUCUUUCCCGUUCGGGGCAAAGCAAGAACCAAAACAAUAUCCCCUCCGUUAUCUCGCUUGGAUGCUGCUGGUUACUUCUGGAUUUUUGGUUCCGAUUACGUACGGCUCAGUUCGAACGUGGAUGACGCAGUAGAAUUGGGCGCCCCGGAAUCGAUAAGUUGACGAGCGGCACCAGCUACGAUCAGUGUUGAUCACAACUUCGAAGCAAUCGGACAGGAUCCUCUCUUCUAGCAGCAGCUGUCGGGAAAAGUGAAGAAAAGAAAUUGACUUGUUUGUUCUUAGGAAACUGUUGCAGUGAAGCGCUAGCUAACGUUGGAACUUGUUAAAAACCGUGUUUGUCUUACCAGCAAAUGUAUAUCAAGUGUUCUCUAGUGAAGAAUCUAACCGGAAGAAUAGCUGCACGGUUCUACUGGGUCGUCGUUCUUGACAAGGGUUAAACUCAGCAUUUAAAAAAAUGGCACCGAAUGUACACGAUCUUGAGACUGCUCCAUUGCUGGAUGAAAACAGUAACGACCAGAGAUUGAAGCCGUCACCUUUGGAUACCCCCUUGAGUGGUAGCCCCAACAAAACCCAGUUCUACGGUUCUACGACCAAUCAAUGGCAGAAAAUAGUUCGCUACGAUCCACUACAGCACCGAAAACUGGACAAUCCAACCACCAACCUGGACACGCUGAUGCACAUGUUGAACGGAAACCUCGGCACCGGAAUCCUAGCGAUGCCAAAUGCGUUCAAAAACUCCGGCCUCUACGUAGGAUUUUUCGGAAUCUUUAUCAUGGGAGUGAUCUGUACCCACAGUAUGCACAUUCUGGUUAGGUGUUCCCACGAACUCUGCCGGCGCUAUCAGGUUCCUUCGAUAUCCUUCUCGGAAAUGGGCCGCUAUGCCUUCGAGUCCGGUCCGAAUGCUCUGUACCGGCUCGGUCGCCUGGUUGGUGUCCUGAUCAACUGCUUCCUCAUGGUGAUGCAGAUUGGUUUUUGCUGUGUGUACUACCUCUUCGUAGCCGUCAAUCUGUGUGACUUCCUGGCCUAUCUAUCGAUCCAGGUUGACGUCCUCACCGUGCUACUGUGCUUGCUGGUCCCACUGACGGCGAUGAAUAUGAUCCGAACGCUGAAAUAUCUUACGCCGACUUCGCUGGUAGCGUCCGUACUGGCGAUCUCCGGAAUCACGAUCGCGUUUAUGUUUCUACUGCAGGAUCUACCGCACAGCAGCUCGGUGGCGCCGAUAUCCGAGUGGAGCACGAUGCCACUGUACUUCGGAACGGCCAUGUAUGCUUUCGAAGGAAUCGGUGUUAUUCUGCCGCUGGAAAACAAUAUGAAAACGCCGAAGGAUUUCUGCCGGUGGAACGGAGUGCUGAACACCGGUAUGACCAUCGUCAUCUGUCUGUACUCGUCGGUUGGAUUCUACGGAUAUCUCAAGUACGGUGAUGACGCACAGGGUAGUAUCACGUUGAACCUGCCCAACGAAGAAUUGUUGGCGCAGCUGGUCCGGUUGCUAAUGGCAACGGCCGUGUUCGCAUCCUACGCGCUACAGUUCUACGUCCCCAUGACCAUCGUAGGACCGGCGGUACGCAGCUGGUUCGAUUCUCAGAGCGCUCAGAGUGCAGCCGAAUACACCGCCCGGAUUGCACUGGUUCUGUUGACCUUCACCCUGGCAGCGAUCAUUCCGAAUUUGGGUGCCUUCAUCUCGCUGGUUGGUGCCAUCAGUACUUCGAUGCUGGCCCUGGUUUUUCCGCCGCUAAUCGAAAUCAUCACCUACUGGCCGGGUCGGAAGUACGGUCCCGGAAACUGGAUCCUUUGGAAAGAUAUCGCUAUCUGUUUGUUCGGAUUGUUUGGGUUCUUCAUCGGGACCAGUACGAGUCUGGUGGAAAUCGUCACGCACUGGGAAUAGUGUGUUGAAGUGUUGUUAAUUUAAGUGAUUUAACCGCAUAGUGUUCGUUAUAGUGUAGGUUCCUUCGGAAGGGAAAGGCAAUCGCGUUGCCUUAAAAUCGUGCCAAAAUGCGCUUGAUCCGAGUGAGCAUCCCUCCGGAUGCAACGAUACUGGCGAACAGAUGGAAGGGGGUGUUGCCAGAAUCGCGCGAACUUAUUUGUGAUAGUAUAGGUAAACUGCUCCUGUGAGGCUAGGUUUUAUUGAUUAGAGGGAACUAAUCGAGGUAGGCUUGGUGUUUUUGACGAUAUGAGUAAAGUAUAUUUAUUGUUUUGUAAAGUCGAUAGUGAAGUUACUCUUUCAAACAGAUGGAAAACUAUACCAAUAAUGUUUAAAAGUGAAUUUAUUGUUAUUUUAUAACUUGAAUAUAAAAUGGAUUACCAAUCA